ACGUCUCCGCGAGGGGCGCGGGGUCGUAGCGCGCGCUCGCAGACGCGGCAGUAUUAAACUGCUGCAGGCGCGGCGGGUUGGUUGUGGGCUUCCUCCGUCUCAACCGUUCGUGGGUUAUUUCCGUCGCUCGCUCUCAUCUUCUGAAGCCUAAGCCGGCUAUACCUUCCUCCUUUCUUCCGCCAGCAGCCGUGUCGUUGCGACUCCGCCACCAUGUUCGAGGCGCGCCUGGUCCAGGGCUCCAUCUUGAAGAAGGUGCUUGAGGCGCUUAAGGACCUCAUCAACGAGGCCUGCUGGGACAUCAGCUCGAGCGGCGUGAACCUGCAGAGCAUGGACUCGUCCCAUGUCUCUUUGGUGCAGCUCACCCUGCGCUCCGAGGGCUUCGACACGUACCGCUGCGACCGCAACUUGGCCAUGGGCGUGAACCUCACCAGCAUGUCCAAAAUACUGAAAUGUGCUGGCAAUGAAGACAUCAUUACACUAAGGGCUGAAGAUAAUGCGGACACCUUGGCACUUGUAUUUGAAGCUCCAAAUCAAGAAAAGGUUUCAGACUAUGAAAUGAAGUUAAUGGAUUUAGAUGUUGAACAACUUGGAAUUCCAGAACAAGAGUACAGCUGUGUAGUAAAGAUGCCUUCUGGUGAAUUUGCACGUAUAUGCCGAGAUCUCAGUCAUAUUGGAGAUGCUGUUGUAAUUUCCUGUGCAAAAGAUGGAGUGAAAUUUUCUGCAAGUGGAGAACUUGGAAAUGGAAAUAUUAAGUUGUCACAAACGAGUAAUGUUGAUAAAGAAGAGGAGGCUGUUACCAUAGACAUGAAUGAACCAGUUCAGCUAACUUUUGCACUGAGGUACCUGAACUUCUUUACAAAAGCCACUCCACUCUCUCCUACAGUAACACUCAGUAUGUCUGCAGAUGUACCCCUUGUCGUAGAGUAUAAAAUUGCUGAUAUGGGACAUUUAAAGUACUAUUUGGCUCCCAAGAUCGAGGAUGAAGAAGGAUCUUAGACAUUCUUAAAAUUCAAGGAAAUAAAACUAAGCUCUUUGAGAACUGCUUCUGAGAUGCUAGCACAUACUUAAGUCUGUUUUGUCUUUGUACCUCUGAGUACAUAUGUAGAUAUUGUUUUCUGUAAAUAACUUUUUCUUUUCUCCAUUCUCUACAGUUUGUUCAAAAAGUAAAGUCCAAAGUCAAAUCUGGUCUUGUUAACUGAGUAACAACUUUGCCUUACCUAGGAAUACUCCUUAUAAUUUUUAUAAACAAAAGGGUUUUGACUCUAAAUGCAGUUUUAAGUAUUGUUUUCAAUUUAAAUAAAAGUCAUUUGAAUUUCAAACAUCACAGGACAGUGCCUUCAUUUGGACCACGAUGGUUGCGAGUAUCCUAGAGAAUUCACAAUUCAAGCAGCUCAUGUAAAUGAGCUUAUUGUUUCAGUCUAGAGCAGGUUGAUAUGACAUUAGAUACAGUGAUAAAAAGUAUUCCAGAUACAGCAGGUGACAAAGUAUUUUGGGGGAUUUAUUUGCCAAACUUGGUAUUCUGACUUGAGCUCAAGAAAUGAAAAGGGGAGAGUAGAACAAAUAUAUAAUAUUUUGUCAUUUUUGCUUGCAUUUACAGAAGCUUAAUGUACCCAAAGUUCUGUCAGCUUUAUAAGACUAGCAUUGUUACAGGGCAGUGUUUCAUUAGCCUAGGGAGACUUGUACAGGAGUCUUGGAAGUUUUAGUAGAUCUGAUAGGUCCCAAGGAGUAUGUUUAUGCAAAAAUAAUUUCUCUAGCGUAAGUAGCCUUUUGUGGGGACUUAUUCCCUUAAAGGAUGAAGGUGGCUUAAUUCCAUGGAUGUUGGAUUCAACCAAGAAAGUGAAAAAGGCCCAGCAGUAAUUGUGCUACAAGGUCACAAGUUGGCAUGCUGCAUAUUGAGAAUUCCUUUAUUGUAGUCCUCUUUUUCCGGUGUAUUUUGUGUUUGGUGGAUUAAAUGACAGAUUUCUGUCAUACUUGCAGUGACGGUAGAACUCACUGUAUCCAGUAGGUAACUAUUCAUUACCUUUAUGUGUGCCUGGGGUUGGGGAAGAAUAUUGGCUGCAAAAGGGCCUGAUGGAAAUUUCUGGAGUGAUGAAAAUAUUUUAUCUACAUUGUGAUGAUGGCUCCAAGACUAUAUGUAUCUGUCAAAACUAAUCCAAUUGUACUUUAUCAUAUGUAAAUUAUACUUAAUAAAGCUCGACAUUUUAAAAAGUU